GAGAGAGAAGAACCCCAUCUACAGCUCUACCGACUACCGAUCGAUUUCUCGAUUACAGGAGCCAUGGAGCAGCAACAGAGACAUCAAAAGAUUGCCGAAGAAGCCGAAGAAGUGGAAGAGAUACAGCACGGUCCUUUCCCAGUAGAGCAGCUUCAGGCAUCUGGCAUAGCUUCCCUUGACAUAAAGAAGCUUAAAGAUGCGGGUCUCUGCACAGUAGAAUCUGUUGCAUACUCUCCAAGGAAGCAUCUGCUCCAAAUCAAAGGAAUUAGUGAGGCUAAAGUUGACAAGAUCAUUGAAGCAGCAUCCAAGCUGAUUCCUUUGGGCUUUACUAGUGCUAGCCAACUCCACGCGCAGAGGCUUGAAAUCAUUCAGAUAACAUCAGGGUCGAGAGAACUUGACAAGAUUUUAGAAGGAGGAAUUGAGACUGGAUCUAUAACUGAAAUUUAUGGUGAAUUUCGCUCUGGCAAGACUCAGUUAUGCCACACAUUGUGUGUCACUUGUCAACUUCCACUGGAUCAAGGGGGUGGUGAAGGCAAAGCAAUGUACAUUGAUGCAGAAGGCACAUUCAGACCUCAAAGGCUUCUACAAAUUGCUGACAGGUUUGGACUGAAUGGUGCUGACGUUUUGGAGAAUGUGGCUUAUGCUAGAGCCUAUAACACUGAUCAUCAGUCAAGGCUUUUGCUGGAAGCAGCUUCAAUGAUGGUCGAGACCAGGUUUGCUCUUAUGAUAGUGGACAGCGCUACAGCUCUCUAUAGAACAGAUUUCUCUGGAAGGGGAGAACUGUCAGCCAGGCAAAUGCAUCUUGCAAAAUUCCUUAGGAGCCUUCAGAAGUUGGCAGAUGAGUUUGGUGUGGCAGUAGUCAUUACCAACCAAGUUGUUGCACAAGUGGAUGGUUCUGCCAUUUUUGCUGGGCCCCAGAUCAAGCCUAUAGGUGGAAACAUCAUGGCUCAUGCUUCCACAACAAGGCUUGCCCUUCGCAAAGGGCGGGCAGAGGAGCGCAUCUGCAAAGUAAUAAGCUCUCCAUGUUUAGCUGAAGCUGAAGCACGAUUUCAAAUCUCCACAGAAGGUGUUACAGAUGUUAAAGACUAAUCAAUUCCACCUCCUUAAGGUCUUCAACCUGUUCUUUUGUACCAAUUUUUGGGUCACAAUUGUGUCCUUUAAUUGUAGAGGAUACAAGUAUCGACAUGGUGGUUACUGAGACUUGAGGGGCU